UGCAAAUGCUUCCGACACCUUUUAGUCAACCCCCCCUUCACGAUCUUGGCUGGAGCUGUCAAAACCACGCCUAUGGAGUUCUACAAUUGGUCCAGAAUGCGUAAAAUCUGCAAUCAAGAAGGUUUGGUUCAUUAAUGCGGGGAACCAGUGAGAAGGGACAUGUAAGACAGACACAGUUACACAGUGAUCUUGGAAGAACCUACCAAUUCUACAUCAUUGCUCACGACUUUCUCAUCCUUGUUUUGGGGGCUGCUUAGUUUCUUGUAUGUAGUGGCUUGAACAGAAGGAAAGCUCUAAAUCUAUGUGUCAACGUUGCUCUUUUGAAGGAUUUUAUCACUGUGCUGCAACUGGACAUCCUCGACGGUAGUGACAUUUCCUACCAGUCCUCUUUAACUACUGUGAAACCAACGCUGUCUUUCAGCUGUAAGAGGGCGACAGCAGUCGGACUUACGCGAGUUACAGGCGCUGUUAUUUUUGUAAUAUUAUAGUUUCAUCUGGCUUUUUGGAUGCACCGAUGAGAGAUCCAGUUUUCACAGCGAACGCUAUGGCUUAUCACCCUUUUCACGCGCCCAGGCCGGCAGACUUUCCCAUGUCAGCUUUCCUUGCCGCGGCUCAACCCUCGUUCUUCCCAGCGUUUACUUUACCACCGGGUCUCAGUAAACCUUUGGCGGAUCAUGCGCUCUCCGGUGCGGCUGAGGCCGGCUUACACGCGGCGCUUGGACAUCACCACCAGGCGGCUCAUCUCCGCUCCUUCAAGAGUCUCGAGCCAGAGGAGGACGUUGAAGACGAUCCUAAAGUUACAUUAGAAGCCAAGGACCUUUGGGAUCAAUUCCACAAAAUUGGAACCGAAAUGGUCAUCACUAAAUCAGGAAGGAGAAUGUUUCCUCCGUUUAAAGUACGUGUGAACGGCCUCGACAAAAAAGCCAAGUAUAUACUUUUGAUGGAUAUUGUUGCGGCAGACGACUGUCGGUACAAAUUUCACAACUCUCGAUGGAUUGUCGCAGGAAAGGCCGAUCCGGAGAUGCCCAAACGAAUGUACAUUCACCCGGAUAGCCCGGCCACGGGUGAACAGUGGAUGGCAAAGCCUGUUGCUUUCAACAAACUCAAACUGACCAACAAUAUUUCGGAUAAACAUGGAUUUACCAUUCUAAAUUCGAUGCACAAAUACCAACCCAGGUUUCAUAUCGUUAGAGCCAACGACAUUCUGAAGCUCCCUUAUAGCACCUUCAGGACAUAUGUAUUUCCUGAGACCGAUUUUAUAGCUGUCACUGCAUAUCAAAAUGACAAGAUCACACAACUGAAAAUCGAUCAUAAUCCAUUUGCAAAAGGAUUCAGAGACACGGGGAAUGGAAGAAGAGAAAAAAGUUUAACUUUCAGAAAACAGUUAGCCCUGCCGUCAAUGCGCAUGUUUGAUGAUCAGAGCAAAGCGGAUCGAGAUGGAGGAGAUUCGGACGCCUCAUCUUGCGAACAAACUGGGAGGGAUUCAGUUCAUUCACCGAUUGGACCAGCAACAAGUCCACUUAAAUUCAACAGAUCCAGAGAUGACAAAAACUGCAAUGAAAGUGACAACGAACUUGACCAACACGAUGAUGGAAUGAUCAGAGUCAGUAGUCCAGAUCAGAGACCACAAUCACCAUUCAGCCCACAUUGCGAGGACAGAGUCAAGGACAGAUCUAAUCUUGAAAAGAAAGGGGACUAUUCGGAUUCAAGGAAAGAUACUGACUCUGCCUUCAGCAUCAGAAACUUGGAGAAGGACAAACUGGAUGGCAGGAAUUUGAAAGAAUCGGAUACCUCCAAAAAGGAUGCAGACUCUGUGGGCCUGAGCGCAAUCAAAGAUGGCUAUUCCCCUCUGAUGGUUCAAACAGAAAGCCCAUCACAUUUUAGUGCAAGUCACUUGCAAAGUCUAGCCCUCUCUGGUUUACACAAUCAACAUUUCUUUAACCCAAUGAGUACAGGACAACCACUCUUAUUUCACCCCGGGCAGUUUGCUAUGACUCCUAGUGCUUUCUCGACCAUGGGAAUGGGACACUUGUUAGCCUCCAUGUCUGGAGCAAGUGGACUAGAGAAUGGCAGCCUCUCCUCUCAGAGUACCAUCUCACCCAACCCUUUCCCAUUCCACUUAUCACAACAUAUGUUUGCAUCUCAGGGUAUCUCCAUGCCACCGUUCGGGGGAUUGCUACCCUACCCGUACACGUACAUGGCGGCUGCAGCUGCAGCGGCUUCUGCUCUCCCCGCAGGCACCGCUGCGUCCACCUUCAGCCGGAACCCAUUUCUCAGCAGCACGCGGCCAAGGUUGCGAUUCAACCCCUAUCAGAUCCCAGUAUCAAUACAUCAGAGCUCCGGUCUGCUCACCACCGGCAUACCAAGUACUCUGAGCGCGGAGACAGAGUCAUCAAAAUCAGGCAGCAGGGAUAGCAGUCCAAUGCCUGAACAACACAGCCAUAAAACCGGAAGCGGCCAGAAUACUGGAUCUCCCAAAUCUUCAGGGAAGGAUUCCAUUAACGAACUGCAGAACAUACAAAGAUUAGUCAGCGGACUGGAGAAACACAGAGACGUGUCAUCCCGUAGCGAUUCCCCAAAGUGACCCCGUGAACCAUUCACGACCAUUCACUCUUUCUGAUUGCGUAACUAUGCUUCAUUGAAAAAAGGUCAAAGUUUGACAGUCGGACAUUGGAACAUCCCUCAUCAGCAGUAGGCUAUCACAUAGGCCUACCUGGAUUUCGAAGAGAACUGUAGCAUAUGUUGCGUCCCCUUUUGGAUAUACAAGGCAUGCUGAUUUCAUUCAUCCUUGAUUUGGCGUUGAAAUUAUAUUAGCCCAUGAAAAAACGCAAAUCCCUGGGAUUUUAUUUUUAUUUUUUAAUUUGGUUAUCAUGUCCAAACAAUUUUAGGCCCACACUUUUUCAGUGUAUUUACAAUCUUGUAUUUACAAGAUCCGAGGAUGCUCAGCGUCCAAGUUGCUUGUGUCUGGGACCUGUUUUUCUAAUUAUUUAUAAUAAUAAAAGUAAAACACGUAUAUGUAAAUAAGGUUAUUGAACUGAAGGAGAUGGAUUUUAAUUUAUUCAAAACUGUAUAUUGGUGUGUAAAUAGCCUACUAUAAGGUCUCGAUUUGUUACAUUUAUAUAUAUAUUCCCAUUUACAAAUAUGAACAUUAUCUAUAGCGCUUGUUAGCAGGAAACCGAAUGUGUUCUGUUUGUGAUAUCCUGCCAGAUAGGCCUAAGUUAAGGAAAAGCCACUGUAAAUCGAAAUCUCUGGUGAUACAUUUGAAAGCUAUUUCAUUUGUAGCUAAAUUCAACAAAAGAUGUUUAAAUAUAAUGAUGGGCCAUAGGCAGGGACAACUCAGGUUUCUUUCUAAUCGCGCUUUGAGAAGGUCAUUGUGUAGUUUCUCUUAUGAGAGCGAUCUGUUUAAACAUCUCAGUGCUGGAUUUUCGGGUAAAUGAGCGAUUUUGUUGCAUCCUCUCAGUUUCAAUAAAACGAAAGUGUUCAUUUA